AUGAUCAAAAUAUUUGUUCGAUUGUUUAUACUUAUAACAAAGUGGAAAUAUGAUCUUUGCAGUGAUGAAGAUUGGAAUGAAUUCAACGACAUCAACAAAGUGAUAAUUCGGGCUCCAAUUCGUACCGAGUAUCGAAUUGCGUUCCCAUUCAUGUACAACAAUCUUGUUAACGCAUUACCAGUACAAGUCUCGUGGUACCACACACCAUCAGUUGUGUUCAUAAAAACCGAAGAUCCCGAUUUGCCGGCGUUCUAUUUCGAUCCACUUAUCAACCCUAUUGCACAGAGAUCAUCUGAUAAGGUCAUUUUUACAAUCGAUUAUUUCUGA